GCCUUGUCUUCCAAAAUGCCACUCGCCAUUGCUUGUGUCUCAAGUGCCCUAAAUCCAAUGGCAACAUUUACGCUCUCUUGUUUCACUCCCAAAACCCUAGCCCCUAUUCUCUCUCCCCUUAAACCCUCCUUCACUCCACUCACUUCCACAUCGCAAUCAUGGGCUCUACCACCGCUGCAUUCUGUCAGGGGUCGGAAGCAAACUCAGCCAUUGGUGACCCGAGCGGCGGUGGAUUCAGAUUAUUCGGCGAAGCGGAGUAGCAGUAGCGACUCUAGAGAGACAAUAAUGUUACCCGGGUGUGAUUAUAAUCAUUGGUUGAUUGUGAUGGAAUUUCCCAAGGACCCUGCACCUACCAGGGAGCAGAUGAUUGAUACUUACCUCAACACUCUCGCCACUGUCUUGGGCAGCAUGGAAGAGGCAAAGAAGAAUAUGUAUGCAUUUAGUACCACCACAUACACUGGAUUCCAAUGCACUGUUGACGAAGCUACCUCUGAGAAAUUUAAGGGUUUGCCUGGGGUCCUCUGGGUACUGCCAGACUCAUAUAUAGAUGUGAAAAACAAGGAUUAUGGAGGAGACAAAUAUAUCAAUGGAGAGAUAAUUUCUUGCACUUACCCUACUUACCAACCAAAGCAGAGAAAUAGUUCAAAGUACGAGAGUAGAAGAUAUGAAAGACGGAGAGAUGGCCCACCUCCCGAGCGGAGAAGACCAAGACAAGGGGCAAGUACAUCAGAGUCAGCAUCAGGAUGAGCUAGUGGAAUGUAUAUGAGUCUGUUUUAUGAUUUUUCUUUAUUUCAUUGUUCUGGUGUUUAAUUUGAACUUUCUUAAUAUUGUUUUAGGCACUGUAAUUGAUUUGCCAAUGGGCUUCCUUUUAUAAAGUCUUUAGUUAGUAUACUUAGUUUAAAGCAUUACCUUUCAGAUGGGAGCUUUCAUCUUUGAGGAACAUGAAUUAUGAAUGUAUCGAUUUUCCAUGUAAAUGGACUUGUUACUCAUAGAGACUGCAUGGAAUUGUAGCUGACUUUUAUUA